AUGUCAUUGCAAUUUUCAGUGAUACCUAAAGAGUGUUGUCAUUUCAUUAGUGCUACAUAUUCACCAAAAUCAUUUUUAAUAUCUCUUAGAAAACAUACCUGUAAUUCAUGUAAUGAAAAAGAAAUAUGGAUCUGCUUACACUGUUUACAUAUUGGUUGUUCUAGAUAUUGUAAUGGACAUGCCCAAAAGCAUUCAUUAAAACGUGGACAUCCAGUAGUAUUUAAUGUACAAAGUAUGAAUUUCUGGUGUUAUGAAUGUAAUAGUUAUGUCAUUAAUAACUCAUUAAAUGUAUUGUUUCAAUUAGCAUUGGAAGACCAUACUUCAAAUUUUAAAUUUUAUCAACCCCUUUUUGAAACAUAUGAUGUAAAAGGAGUUGCAAAAUAUAUUCAAAAGAACCAUGUAAAAAAUAUUAUUGCGUUAGUUGGAGCUGGAAUGUCUACAACAGCAGGAAUUCCUGAUUUUAGAUCACCAGGAACUGGACUAUAUUUUAAUUUACAAAAAUAUAAUCUUCCAUAUCCAGAAGCUGUAUUUGAUAUGAAUUAUUUUCCAUCUAAUCCUGCACCAUUCUAUGAAGUAAUGAAAGAUAUGUUUCCUGGACAAGGCAAAUACUUUCCAACAAAAUGUCAUAGAUUUUUAAAGUUACUAAAUGAUAAAGGAAUUCUUAAAAUGGUUUAUACUCAGAACAUUGAUGGUCUUGAGUCUGUUGCUGGUAUACCUAAUGAUAAAGUUAUUUGUAGUCAUGGUACUUUUAGAACAUCUCAUUGUCUUAGUUGCCAUAAAAAGUAUCCUGACACUUCAGUAUUCAUUGAGUCUAUUAAGAAAGGAGAAAUCAUUCGUUGUAGUUGUGGAGGAUUAGUUAAACCUGAUAUCGUUUUCUUUAAUGAAAGUUUACCAGAUGAAUUUUUUGAAUCCAUAAAGAAUAAAUUUGAUGAUUGUGACAUGUUACUCAUCAUUGGAACUGCUCUUGUUGUUUAUCCUUUUGCUAAUUUAGUUGACCAUGUUUCUAUUAAUUGUCCUCGUGUAUGUAUUAAUAGAGAAAAAGUUGGUAAAAUGAUGUGUUAUGAUAAUCUAGGAAGGGACGUCGCAUUGUUAGGAGGGUGUGAUGAUAUUGCUUCUGACUUAGCAAAGUAUUUAGAGUGGGAAUUGUCAUAA